GCUUUAAACGGGCGGCGGGCGGCUGCGCGGAGCGGGCUGGGCCGGGCCGGGUCGAGUCCGUCCGGGGCGGAGCGGGGGCGAGGCGGCGUCCGGGCUUCUCGCGCCGGGGUCCGGGCCGAACGUCUGCACUCCGCGGCGGCCGCGGCGGCGGGGGCGUUCGGGCCAUGGCGGCCGAGGCGCGCGUGUCGCGCUGGUACUUCGGAGGACUGGCGUCUUGCGGCGCCGCCUGCUGCACGCACCCACUGGACCUGCUCAAGGUGCACCUGCAGACGCAGCAGGAGGUGAGGCUGCGCAUGACGGGCAUGGCGCUGCGGGUGGUGCGCUCCGACGGCCUGCUGGCGCUCUACAACGGCCUGAGCGCCUCCCUAUGCAGACAGAUGACCUACUCCCUGACUCGCUUUGCCAUCUACGAGACCGUGCGGGACCAGGUGGCCAAGGGCAGCCAGGGUCCCCUGCCCUUCUACAAGAAGGUCUUGCUGGGCUCCAUCAGCGGGUGCAUUGGCGGCUUCGUGGGGACUCCUGCGGACAUGGUCAAUGUCAGGAUGCAGAAUGACAUGAAGCUGCCCCCGGAUCAGCGCCGCAACUACGCCCACGCCCUGGACGGCCUGUACCGCGUGGCCCGCGAGGAGGGUCUGAAGAAGCUGUUCUCGGGCGCGACCAUGGCGUCCAGUCGAGGGAUGCUGGUCACCUGGGGGCUCUCCCUCCUGCCCUGACCUUUCUGCCUGCCACAGCUAUCCUGCUAUGACCAGGCCAAGCAGCUGGUCCUCAGCACGGGGCACCUGUCUGAUGGCAUCUUCACUCACUUCAUUGCCAGCUUCAUCGCGGGUGGAUGUGCCACGGUCCUCUGCCAGCCCCUGGACGUGCUCAAGACCCGCCUGAUGAACGCCAAGGGCGAGUACCAGGGGGUCCUGCACUGCGCCAUGGAGACGGCCAAGCUCGGGCCCUUGGCCUUUUACAAGGGCCUCGUGCCAGCCGGCAUCCGCCUCAUGCCCCACACCGUGCUCACCUUCGUGUUUCUGGAACAGCUUCGCAAACACUUUGGCAUCAAGGUGCCAUCCUGAUGUGGCCUCUGAGUGGCCGGGUCACGCCCAGCGCCCCCCCCCCGCAGUUUCUCCGGCGUCCAGGAGGGGGCGGCCAAGCUCGGCCUGAGCCCCCACCUGCCGCUGCGCCCCGGCCCCUCCCCCAGCCUGCCUGGGGGUCCGGAGACCAUCCACCCUUCCCGAGCGGCCAGCUUCACCUCCUCCCGCUGCCUACCUGGCGUCCAGCAGCUGCUUCUCUGCACAGUGACCCCUCCGAGGCGGGGGGUGUCCACAUCCAGGGGUUUCUUUGUCCCCAAGGAGGCAGUGAACCCUGGAGCUGGGGAGGGUCUGGGCCCUGCCUCUUCUCCAAGCCCCUGAAUCUCUUCCUCUCAUGAAGCCCAGCUCCCGCAGGGUCUUCCAGCAGCUUCCGCUGCAGACGUGGGUGGCAGGAGAGGGGGUCCCCCAGCUUCGCUUGCCAAACAUGUGCACACGCUCUUUCACCCUAGGAGAGGGACCAUAGCUUUAUGAGGUUAUCCAGGGUGGCGGGGCCCCACAGCUCCCAGGCCAGUGCAGAAUGAGCACCCGGGAGGGAGCUCCGGGUUUCAGGAGCCCUGCCCACCCCUCCCCCAGUUGCUCUAACACUUACCAAAACCUCUUGGUGCUGGAAGGCCGCUGCUGUCCUCAGGGAGUGUGCGGUGUCCAUGCGUGGCUCCCUGGGCAGGAGUGGCAGCGCCGCAGGGGCGGCCAUCUGCACAGCAGUCACCUGUCAGGCCCCCAGCAGCUGAUCAGCCAAAAUGCCACCACCCAGGUUCUGCCACCAAAACAGCCUGCUGAGGUCAUCUGGGCACCGUGCCCCCUCCCCCUCCUCCCAGCAGGUGGCCAGCAGGGCCCCGUCGCCCUGCCAGGGGGUUAAUAAAGGUUGGGGGCCUGCCAA